AUGGACCUCUCAUACUCUUUUCGCAUCGUCAAUCUCGCGGUUGCGGUGCUCAUGAUCUUGGGCGGUAUCUCCCAGUUCUUCCCUCUUGGAAUUCAAUCAACCAUCCUCGGAUGCUACGUUAUUCUUUUCGGCGUCUCCACCGGUCUCCUGGAGUUCCAGAUCCCUCACCAAGUCCAGCGCUAUGCAUCUUUCAUGUUCUCAUUCCUCGGCCGUGGCGUCUUUUACAUCUUCGUCGGCUGCAUCAUUCCUCAUGGACACUGGGCCACCAUCAUUAUCGGCUCGAUCAUCUUCCUUGUCGGUGCUGCCUAUGUCGGCCUCGAAUUCGUGCCCUCGAUCGAGCCCCCUGCGAGCAUGCGCGAGGUGGAUGCGGGCUGGGGUGCUGAGCAGGUGUAA